AUGAUUGUUUUUGCAUACCCGACCAGUGCACAAAUCCACUCGCCCCUCAUUCGAGACUGGUUCAUGUCGGCUCCAGAGACUCUGACAGCAUGGGACUUUACUCCCGUACUUGACUUACUUCACUCUUUCAAGCUUGAACCCCACCAGGAACAUCCAUAUGUCUUACAAAGAUCCCCUAACGAUAGAUUUGACGAGGGCCCAGAUGAGGCGAUUCCUUCAGCUGACCUGGAUCGCAGGUUUGAUGACUGCCGCCUAGGCGAUUUCGGCGCUAUUUGGUCAGCUUUAUCGCAAUCAUAUUCUCGAAAUUCUGAAGGGGAGUUGCUCUCCCUCAAAGAACGACAUAACAGCCUUGAGCAUAGAGCUUUUACGCCUGUUGUUGACAGACAGACCAUACCAACGGAGGGGAAAAAGGUCUUGUUAAGAAAAGCGGUUUUCCAAACCGAUGUAGUGGACCUAAAAUCGAUAUCACAUCCACGAGUUCGGAUUCUUAAGAAUUCCGAUGCACCUCGUGCCCAGCAACAGGCAGUCACACCCAUUACUCCACCCAAGGCAGCUGUAUCACAGGGGCCUAAACCUGCUUUCUUCACAUACCAAUCUCCUCCACCGCCGUUGAAGAGCUAUAAAAGAUCAACUUUAAAGAACAAAUUUAAUGUGGCUCCAAAACUCAAGGGCUCAGCUAGUGACAGAAAAUUGGACCUUAUCAGAUUACUUACAGAAAACCAUACAAUGCAAGGCCAAUAUUUAGCCAACCCUAAGCUUCAUGACCCCGUUUUCUCCACUUUGAAUGUUCAUUCCUCUGGGAUACACGUUUUUGUUGACAUAUCGAACGUCAUGGUAGGAUUCCAUGAUUGCAUCAAAAUUGCAAGAGGUAUCCCAACCACGGCUCGCGUGCCUCGCCUUCCGCUGUCCUUCCAUAACCUUUCACUCGUCCUUGAGCGGGGCCGGGCAGUGAGAAAGCGCGUUCUUGUCGGAUCAGACCGCUUCUCAGCCAUAAACGAGGCCGAGAAGCUCGGCUAUGAAGCAAGUAUCCUCGCACGAGUUCAGAAGGGAAGAGAGACAACCUCGCGAAAAAGAGGAGCUCCGUCCUCAAAAGAACAAAGCGGUGCUGGAAGUGACUCAACUGGGCCACAGGAUCAAUCCAGUGGGUCUGAAUCCGGCGAGGUUGUUCAAGAAAAAUGGGUGGAGCAAGCAGUGGAUGAAAUCCUGCAUCUCAAGAUCUUGGAGAGUAUCAUUGACUCAAAGCCAGCAACAAUUGUCCUCGUAACUGGGGAUGCGGCUAAAGCGGAAUAUUCUGAUGGAUUCAUGAAAAUGGUCGAGCGUGCUUUAAAUAAAGGAUGGAACGUCGAGCUUGUAUGCUUUAGCUGUACACUCAGCCGCGCUUACAACCGCAGAGAGUUCCGGUCGAAAUGGGGAGAGAGGUUCACCAUCGUCAACCUGGAUAUAUAUGCAGAGCAUGUAUUGGAUAUGUAG